AUGGGGUACCUGGAGGUGCUGCGCCCCCCUGAGAUAAAUGACACCCUGAGCUCUGGGGACGUGGUUGCUACUGAAGGUGACAAGGCCUUGUUAAAGUGUGUGGCGACGGGGCAUCCUUCACCUUCCCUCACCUGGGUUGGGGACUCAGCUACGAUCAUGGUCUCCGAUGGCCUGAUUACUAAACCAGUGUCGUCAUGGGAUGGAGAAUCACUCGAGUUGAACCGCGUGUCCAGGGAUGACAUGGGUGCUUACCUCUGCAUAGCCAGGAAUUCUGUGCCUCCCCAGGUGUCCAAGCGUGUCCAGUUGCACGUCCACUUUCACCCAAUUAUCCACGUGCCCAACCAGCUGAUCGGGUCACCCUAUGGUAGUCAGAUAACGCUGGAGUGUAAAGUGGAAGCCUCACCUAAACCUGUCACCUUCUGGCAGAAUAGUCAAGGAGAGAUGUUAAUGUCGUCGACCAAGUAUCGUGUGAGCGAGGAACACAACAAACCUGGGGGUUACGCGGUACACAUGAAGCUUACCAUUCACAACCUCACCGCUGCUGACAUCGGCCACUACACCUGCGUCGCCAAGAACUCCAUCGGUGAAGUCGACUCUACCAUCAAUGUUUACUACAUCGCGCCCCCCACCACCACCCCUCCAAGGACGGUACCCAAAUUCAUCGAAACCAACCGCAUCGAGGACGAGGGCACGCCCAUGUCCUCGCCUGGAAUCCUCACCGACUCGGGCAUGGCAGACGUCACGGACCGGGAUAUCUACCGCUUGGGGUCGGCAGAAGGCUCGGGAGACAAGUGGCAGACCUUACCCAAACACAACCCAGGGUCCUUCUACCCGACCACUGGGGGCGCCUCACACACCGGCGUCAAGUCCUGGUUCCCUCAGAAUAGCGAGAAGGAUACCUCUUCUUCCUCCUCCUCUUCCUCAUCCUCCUCCUCCUCCUCCUCCUCUUCCAUCAUCAGUAGUGGCUGCGACAGGGGUUUAAUCUACCAUCUCAGUGUGGUAGAAGUGUUAGGGCUAAUACUUACACUAGUAUGGCUUCGACCUUAGGAAUAUUGUGCUGUACUGUACCUAAAACUCUCAUGCUAACCCAAGCCACUCAUUAUAGAUCAUCACAGUGUCUCAGUACCUACCUACCUACCCACCCACCCACCCACCCACCCACC